CUCGUUUUGAAGUUUUACGCCCUCUUUCCACUAGGAAGUUGUCACAGACUAAAGGUUCCAAAAAGCAGAAGCGUACUAAGGACUUUGAUACAUUUGCUGAUCCCAGGUCACAUGACGAGAAACUUCAGACUCACAAACCGAAGUCUCUACGCAAUCAGGCCCCUCCCCCUGGAUAUAACAGUUCUCCCCAGCAAAAAGGAAAACAUCCUCGGAGCAACGUUAAUCGAGAACAUUCUAACCAAGUAAAUAAACAAAGGUCUCCUAAUCAGCAGUUCAGUGAAAAACAACAGAAACAAUUACAACAACAGAAACAAUUACAACAACAGCAACAGGACCACCAACAACAAUUAUUACAUCAGCAACAAGUACAACAAAAACAGCAACAACAACAACAACCAAGGAAACAACAAAAACCAUAUAAAACCCAAGUUUCUGUUAAUAAUAACCAGGUUACAGUUUGUACCAAGAACUCAGUUGUAUUCCAAAUACCCCCAACGUCUCCAAGUGUUCAAGAGGUCAACCCUCAACUUUCUUCACUCAUCCAAAAAAUUAACUACUAUAGAAGCCAAGGACACCCAUCCAUCCCUCCAGUAAGCACACUACAGAAAAUGUCAAACACACAACUUGAAAGCUUAAUAACUCGCCUAGAGACCGUUGCCACACGGUUGGAGACAGCCUCCAGUAGUGCUGGUGGUGGUGGUCAAGUCAGUGGAGAUGCAACUCCCGAAUUUGUGGAACAGUAUGAUGUUUUCCUCAAUGGCCCUGCAGCCAGCUUCAUUGCCCUUUGUGGCACAGUUGGAGGGGAUGUGAAAACACAGGCUGCUAUGUUUAAUGAUGCCUUAAAGGCACAAAGGGCAUUCCUUGUCAAGGUUGGCCAGUGCAAGAUGCCAUCUCAGAAUGACUUAAUGAAGCUUCUGAAGCCAACAUCUGAUGCUAUAGCUGCAGUCCAAGACUUCAGGGAGAAGAAUCGAAGCAGCAAAGAGUUUAAUUUCCUCUCUGCCCUUAGUGAGGCUAUCCCUGCACUUGGAUGGGUCACAAUUGUCCCAAAACCUGUCAAUUAUAUAAAGCAAAUUGGAGAAUCUGGAGAAUUCUACAUGAACAGAAUCAUAAAAGAUUUCAAAGGGAGUGAUGAUACGAAAGUACAAUGGGCUCGUGACUUGAAGAAGUUAUUGCAAAGCCUUGAACAGUAUGUGAGCGAAUAUGUUCCAACAGGCAUAACAUGGAACCCAAAGGGAGUCAAUGCUGAUGCUGCUCCACCUGCUGCUGCUGGACCCCCUCCCCCUCCUCCUGCUGGAGGUGCACCCCCUCCACCACCCCCUGGACCACCCCCACCACCAGUAGAUGCAGGGGCAGCUCCUAGUGGCGAUGACGAUGCUGCAACCAGAUCGAAACUCUUCAGUGAUCUCAACAAAGGAGCGGACAUCACCAAAGGUCUGAAAAAAGUGACAGAUGACAUGAAGACACAUAAGAAUCCUGCUAUAAGGCAAGGUCCCAAGCCAUUUGCAAAGCCAGCCGUUGCCCCCAAAUUCAAGGCAUUCAACACCCCAGCUGCUUCCUCUGCCCCUGCUCAGCAAGCUAAGAAGCCCCCUGUAUUGGAGCUGCAGGGCAAGAAAUGGCUCGUUGAGCACCAGGAGAACAACAAGGCAAUUGUACUGGAUGAUGUCAACAUGAAACAGACAGUUUACGUCUACAAAUGUGUCAACUCAACUAUCCAGGUCAAAGGAAAAGUCAAUUCUAUUACUUUAGAUAACUGUAAAAAAACAGCUCUCGUGUUUGAGAAUUGUAUCGCAAGUGCUGACUUCAUCAACUGCCAGAGUGUACAGUGUCAGGUAACUGGCAAGGUUCCUUCUGUGAGCAUUGACAAGACGGAUGGUUUCCAAAUGUAUCUCAGUUCUGAGUCCAUGGACACUGUCAUAACAUCAGCCAAGUCUUCAGAGAUGAACAUCCUCAUACCACAGGCAGAUGGAGAUUUCAAAGAGUUUGCAGUUCCUGAGCAGUUUAGAACCGUAUGGAAAGACAAUAAGCUGGCCACAACAAUCAAUGAGAGCAUCUAAACAAUUCACACCAAACCAUAUGAUCAGGCAUAUGAUGAUCAAGCAGUUAUACAAGACAUUUGUAACCAGCAUUCACUUUUAUACAAUUAUAUUUUCUAUAGAGGCUCUUUGCUGAUUUUGGACUAACAUAUCGUGUAUAAAUUGUACAUUUGCUUCUAUGGUUAUUAUACCAUUGUGCACUAAUUAAAGUGAAUUAUGUCGAUGACUAAUUGUGACAUUUAAUAGCACAUGCUAAUUGCUCCAAUGACUAUAAUAACAUUGUUAACUAAUAGUUCAGUGACUAUAGCAGAAUUGACAUAUAAUAAGUGAGUUUACUAGCGUCAUUGACCUAAACUUCAGUGACUAUAACUAUGUCAUUGACUAAUACUUCAGUGACUAUAAUAACGUCAUUGACUAAUACUUCAGUGACUAUAUUAACGUCAUUGAAUAAUACUUCAGUGACUAUUCCAAUGGAAGGGUAACUUGUGAUGUUGAAGUAGUUGCUUUUAGAAUUAGUGUAUCAGCAAAUAAUGAUUUUUUCUACCAAGUAUCAGUUAACAGUUGACAGUAUAUAAAACUAAUAAAAGGGAAAGUCAAAUUUUGGUAAAUUAUUUGAAAUUAUAACAUGUAUUUAUUAUUAUUUGAUAACCAUGGCAAUGACAGAUGGUUUUAUAUGAAGGAAUGAAUGCAAUAAUGAAAAUGAAUGUAAUAUGCAUGUUAGCAAUUUGUACAUAAACAUUGCCAAUUUAGCACUAUGUUAUCAUAUAAGGAAAAAUAAAUAUUAAUUAAUAUAUUAAUUAGA